AUUCUUCAGAGUGGAUUAAUCAUUUUGGUAUUAUUUCUUCUCUCUAAAAUCUUUUUUCCAAAUCUCUCAAUCUCCUUCUUUCUCUCUUCAUUUCUCCCCCAAUUCUUCUUCUAUUCUCAGGUUGUUCUUCUCUCCAAUAUAAGUAUAUUACAUCUUCACUGCUAGAGUAGAGAACAGAAAAAGAUCAAGAAACGCAAAAAGAUUCAGCGAAACGGUUACUCGGCCAAGAAACGACAAGCCCUCUCUAAUAUUUCUAAUCAUACAACAGCCUCCGCUCUCUAAUUCUUCUAAACUCGAGUCGAACCAAAAACUUGACAUCCAUGGACUGGGAUAAAGACUUUCGAUCCGGGUUUGCUUCGGUAUCUCUCUCAAUAUUACUAGCUAACUUCACAUCUCUUGCCGUGAGAGAGAUAGGCAAAGUUAUCGGGGUUAAUAAAGAGCUUCGAAAGUUAGAACGUACGCUGUACAAAAUCCAGGCAAUGAUCGACGUUAUUGAACUUGGUUAUCCUACAACAUUGAACAAACCAUGGGAUAUUUGGCUAGACGAAGCCAACAGACUUACAUAUAACGUAGAAGAUUUAUUUGAAGAGCUCAUAAUAGACUUAGGUAUUGGUAGAGGAGAGAAAAUAGUAGGUCAAGAGCUGCUGACUCAGUUUAAGCUUACGACGCCAAAUGUAAUUAGCGCUCUGGUCACAGAAUUACAAGAACUUGUCACAGAGAUGGCUAAGUUUUUCAUGGUUGACUUGGUGAAACUACAAGUACCUAAUCUGGUCGUAAGGAAGCGAUGUUGUCAUGGUUAUUCCAGUUCUGUAGAUGAAGGACUCAUGAUUGGGAGAGUAAACCAAAAGAGGGAAGUCCUAAAAAUGCUGUCUCUGAAUGGUGUAUCUGUCAUUUGCAUAACAGGUAUGGCUGGCACUGGUAAAACAGCAUUUGCUCAACUACUUUUCAAUACCAAAGAAGUGGUGGAUACAUUCAAAUUAAGGAUAUGGGUUUCUGUAUCCCUAGAAUUCGAUGUGGUCAGAGUGACAAGAUCGGUAAUUGAGUCUGUCUCAAAAAAAAGCUGCAAGUUGAUGGAACUGGAAUUGCUGCAGUCCACACUAAAAGAGUUACUUUUGAUAAAAGAACUUGAGAAAAGAAAAAUUUUAGUGGUAUUAGAUGAUUUUUGGAGUGAAGAGCAUGAAGAUUGGGAAAAGUUUUAUGCUCCUUUUAAGGGGUCUAAUAAUAGCAAAGUUAUAAUCACAACCCGGAGUUCAAAAGUUUCAUUAGUUGUUGGUGCAGAAGCAUUUCAUCUCCCAACUCUUUCUGAUGAAGAUUGCUGGGAAAUAAUGAGACAAAGACCAUUUCUCAACCACCAAUUGCACAAUUGGGAAGAAGUGGGUUUUCAGAUAGCAAAAAAGUGCAAAGGAUUAGCUUUGGUGGCCAAGGUGCUUGGAGAGUUAAUUCACUGUAUACCUGAUGAGGAGUGGGACUCAAUACUAAAAAGUAAGUUGGGGGACUUGCCACAAUAUCAAAAAACUGUAGUCCCUGUUUUCUUGCGUAGCUAUUAUUCUCUCCCACCACACUUAAAAAAAUGUUUUGCCUAUUGUUCGCUGUUUCCCCCCGGUCAUGAAUUCGAAAUGAAUACAUUGGUUCUGUUGUGGAUGGCUGAAGGGCUGAUUCAACCAAUAAGUGAAAGAAGGCAAGAAGACAUUGGGAGAGAGUACUUCAAUGAUCUAUUAUGUAGGUCUUUUUUCAACAUUCCAAAUGAAGACCCUCAUGUUGAGAAAAAGAUAUAUAAGAUGCAUGAGCUUACUCUCCACAUGGCACAACUAAUUUCUUCGAGUAUAUGUUAUCGUGUGGAAGAUCCAAGUUCUUAUUCUGUACUUGAAAAUGUUCGGCACUUGUCCUUGUGUUAUGGCGAUGCUCAAUCCAUGGAGCUACAGAGGUUCCCCAAAUGUGAGAAAGUAAGGACAUUGAUGUGGCUAUGUGCUGGUGAUAUUGGUAAGCAAGUCUCAUUUUUACUGGAAAGAUUUACAAUAUUAAGAGUCUUGGAUUUGAAAUCGGGGGGGAUCACCGUAUUACCACAUGAGGUUGGCUUCUUAAGGUAUCUUAGAUAUCUUAAUGUCUCUAACAAUAGCAUCUGUUGUCUACCACAAUCAAUAACUGAGUUGUCUCGCUUACAAACAUUAGUCCUAAAAAACUGCCCAUUGCUUACUUCUUUGCCAGAAAACUUCAGUAACCUGACCAGUCUACGACAUCUGGAGUUUGAUAUAAAAGAACAGCUUGAGUGCAUGCCGAUAAGAUUCGGAAAUUUAGUGAAUCUUCAAUCGGUGGAUGCUUUUAUUGUUGAAAGCGGUGACGGGCACACCAUUCAAGAGCUGAAGGACAUGACAUGCCUUCAAGGGUCAAUUUGUAUUACAAAACUUGAAAACGUAAGGGAUAAAGAGGCAGCUGAUAGUGCUUUCUUAAACCUGAAGACGCGGAUAAAUAAACUUGAGUUGGAAUGGAGAAUUCCUGGGGAUGGCAAUGUUCAUCUGGAAGUGCUAACGGGUCUUCAGGCUCAUAGAGAUUUGAAGGAGCUGAUAAUUACUUUAUAUUGUGGUUACAGCUUCCCUUCCUGGAUUUCUGAGAGUGACAUGCUUAGGGUUGUACACUUGAGAAGGUGUCUGGUCUGCAACACUCUCCCAUCUUUGGGGAAACUUAAAUUCCUUGAGUGUCUUAUUUUGGAUAGCAUGCCUUCAUUGAGAGUAGUCGACCAUGGUUUCAUCGGAAUUGACGGUUCGGUAGGUUUUCAGUCACUCAAGUCACUAAGUUUUGUUGAUAUGCCUCAAUUGACUAGAUGGGUGUGUUUGGGAUGUCUUCACAUGCCAAAACUUUGUGACCUGAAGUUUGAUAAAUGCCCGGAGCUACUGGAUAUACCUUCACUGUCCCAAUGCAGUUCUCUCAAGAACAUAGAAGUUUCAGGAUGUGAAAUAAUUGGAACUUUGCCAGAUUUGCCAGGGAAUCUGGUUUCUAUUGAAAGUCUAAUCAUCUCUAGUAGUCCAGCUUUGACACAGCGAUACCAGGUAGAUGGUCCAGACUGGUGGAAGGUGAAAAUAAUACCCACAGUACAGAUUGAUGGAGUGAAAAUGCCCACAGUGCCACAGCAAGACUAAAGUUCACGGCAUACAAGUAGGUUACAGGAACUUGGCCACCGACAAGAGAGUAUUGUCUGAUGAGGAGCUGAAGUGGAACUGUUUUCAAACUGAGCAAGUGAAAAUUUGCUAGCUUUUGCUUUGCUUCCUUAAUUCGCUGAAGCCUGAGUUUUGUUCAAAGGAAUUCUGUUCAGAGUAGCUUUUGUUUGAUCGAUAUAUAGUGUAGAUAACUUGGUUUAGCAUCUUAGUAUUGCAGAAAUGUACUGCCAAUGCAAUAUUAGAACGACACUAAUACAGAAAUGGAACUUACAAAGAAAAGAUUGAUAACAGGGGUGAGGCAACAUUGGCAAAGUAAUGUUCGUCUGUGCUGAGUGUCGACUAGUUACAUUUCAACUUUGCUUUGAGCCAGUGUAAUAUAGGGGCAAACAAUGGCCUAGAGCUCCUGAUCAGUAAUCAUAAAAUUGAGAACUGCAUACAGACUAAAACAGUCUAUCUUCCGGAGCUUAAUCCAUCAAGAACCUUAACAUUGUUUCUUCUUAAGAUCAAUGUUGUAUAGUCUUGUCAAAAAAGAAUGUUG